AUGGAGGGACUUAUUUGCAAGAACUUUUCAUCGCAGGCAGCUGUUGUGAAGAUCUUUUACUUGGACGAGGUUGAGAAAGCAACGGAAAGGUUUUCUCCAAGUUUAAUCUUGGGAUCGGGUGGCUACGGCACGGUUUAUAAGGGCACUCUUUCUGAUGGGAUUCGUGUUGCUAUAAAGAAGGCCAAAUCGAAAGAAGUUGAUUCCAAAGAAAUCAAUGAUUUUAUCAAUGAAAUUGUUAUUCUAAAUCAGAUACAUCACAGAAACGUGGUGAAGUUACUGGGUUGUUGCGUGGAGACAACAGUCCCCUUGUUAGUUUAUGAAUAUAUUUCUAAUGGUACUCUCUUUGAUCAUCUACACGGUAGCAAAUCUGAGCAGCCUUUUCACUGGGAAAACCGCUUGCGCAUCGCUACACAAACUGCAGAAGCGCUGUCAUAUUUACACUCUGCUGCAUCAAUACCCAUUGUGCACAGAGAUGUGAAAUCUUCCAACAUUCUAUUGGAUGAUGUGUAUACCCCCAAAGUUGCAGACUUUGGAUUGUCUCGGCUGAUACCAAUGGACCACACACACAUCAGCACACUAGUGCAAGGCACGUUUGGUUAUUUGGACCCUGAAUACUUUCAAACAGUUCAGCUUACAAUGGAGAAAGUAGCAUACUUAGCGAAAGAUUGUCUGAGCGUGGAGGGGGAGAAGAGGCCGACAAUGAAGGAGGUGGUUCAGGAGCUGCUUUGGAUCAAAGGAGGGGCAAGACCACACAAGUCCGAUCCAAUUCAAAAUGAAAAAGAAUUUGCCUCUCUUCUAUUGGAUAGAGAAGUGAACGAGGAGCAUACAAUUGAAAGGGCAGACCUAUACCCGCACAGUGAGCCUCUGCCAUUUGACGUUCAAAGCGUUCGAGAUAACUUCAAUUGCGGGCAGAUGAAUAUCUUCUCACUUUGA